AAGCGGAAAAUUUUGUCAAAUUUUCAAACACAACACAAAAUGGCGCCACAUCUCUCUCUUUUUAUAACCCCCCUCUCUCAGACAUUUCACUCCUCUAUCUCUCGCACACAAACACACACAAUCUCUCUGAUUUGCAAACCCUAGUUUUCGGUUCGAAAUGUCGGGUCAAGAAAAUUGCGUCCGUAUGACCCGACUUGCAUCAAAACGGGCUGCUGAGUCUCAAGUGGAGCAACCCAUUGCCAAGAAACGCACAGUGUUGGGGGAGAUUUCAACGAAUUGUGGGAAAAGCGUCGUUGCGGGUAAGAAUAAGAAGGGUCGGGUUAACCCGGGAAAAUUAACGUGCGGGGUCAAGAAGGGGAAGAAAGGUGUGAAGAAGAUUGGAAUUGAGGCGAAAUCCGGGUCGGGUUUUGGUGUUGAUGGGGAUUUGGGUGACCCGCAGAUGUGUGCUGCUUAUUCUUGUGAUAUAUAUCAGUAUCUUCGUAAUAUGGAGGCGGAAUCUAAGAGAAGGCCCCUGUCUAAUUAUAUCACAAGGGUGCAGAAAGAUGUUACUGUGAACAUGAGAGCCAUUUUGGUAGAUUGGUUGGUUGAGGUAGCUGUGGAGUACAAGCUUCUUUCUGAUACUCUGUAUCUGACUAUUUCGUACAUUGAUAGAUACUUAUCAAUGAAUGUCCUGAAUAGGCAGAAGCUUCAGCUUCUUGGUGUUUCUUCAAUGCUCAUUGCUUCAAAAUAUGAAGAAAUCAAUCCGCCACAUGUUGAGGAUUUUGUUUAUAUCACUGACAAUACAUAUACAAAAGAAGAGGUUGUGAAAAUGGAGGCUGAUGUUCUUAAAUCUCUUAAGUUUGAAAUGGGAAAUCCAACUGUGAAGACCUUUCUAAGAAGAUAUAAUAGUGUUGCCCAAGAAACUCAGGAGGCACCCAGUUUAAAGUUGCAGUUCUUGGGUUAUUACCUGGCAGAACUUAGUUUGCUGGAUUAUGAAUGCAUCAAGUUCUUACCUUCGUUGGUAGCUGCAUCUGUAAUAUUUCUAGCAAGGUUCACCAUUGAUUCGAAAGUGCAUCCUUGGAGUUCAGCUUUGCAGCUAUACUCUGGAUACAAACCAUCAGACUUAAAGGAUUCUGUACUUAUUAUACAAGACUUACAAUUGGGGAAAAGAGCAAGCUCCUUAACGGCAGUCAGAGAGAAAUAUUCGCAUCAUGAGUUCAAAAAAGUGUCUGAACUAACAAGUCCAGAGAUUCCAGUUUCCUUCUUCGCUGAUAUAAAAGAAUGUUAAGGGAGAGAUCUUGCUAAAUAUGAUAUUGGUGAUUCUUGGAUGAUCCGUGCAGAAAAAGUUAAUGCAAGUAAGAUUGGAUUGAACCACCAAGAUGCUUGAUGAGGGGAAUUUUUGAUGAUUUUUAAAUUUGAUGAAAUGCAUGUCAUGAAUGCUAAGAUUCUUAUAGUUGUAGCAUUAUGUUAUAACUGGUACAGGAUGUGAAUAUCACGGUGGUUUUAUUCGGGUCAAUAUAUCACAUUACCUUGAUAGGAAUCAUUUGGAUGUGUAGGGCUGUAGGCUAUAGCCUUGUUUAGUUCAGAAUUACUUGAUCUCAUAUUCUCAUGUAUGAAGUUUUGAAUUGACAUGAGUUAGUAAUAAAGAUCUAGCUCUUGGGUAGUUAUGAAUA